CGACAGCCGUGGUCCUCUUGCGUGCCCACCACCCAUCACCCUUCAACUUCACGUCCUCCAAAUCUCUUGAGCUUUUGGCGUCUACAUAUUUUCUGUUUAACUUUUCGAUACCUACGAUUCUGCCUCGAGCUGUCGAUAUCUUCGUCACUAUUUCUAGAUAUCGGUAUCUAGAGCUCUUGACAUCUAACGCUAUAUCCGGCUUCUAGUAACCGCCAUCGCUAUUCCAGCACCACUACUUCUUGCUGCCUCAGAGUGUGUCGACCUAACAGCUCAGGGGACGCAGUGUCCUGCGAUAUAACUUGUUCUUGUGAAGUUACUCCUUGAAAGAAAAUCGGCAGAACCACGCUACAUUCAGGUAAACUAAACUAAACGACAACUUCAUCCUGGACGACGACCAUGUGAUGAGGAAUCUUACAAGACGAGUUACAUAAUAUCGAUCUUCUUCACCCGACGAGGACACACCGUCUUCUGAAUACAAAAAGACCAGAACGACGCAGAAAUGAGGACACUAGCAGCGGCGGCGUUGGUAUUGGCAGCGGCGGCGGCAUCGGCGAAGGCAGAGGAAGAUUCGCCUGUGGUAGCGACUGAGGAGGGGCUUGUCUCUGGCCUGAGGGAGGAGUCGACGAAGGGACGAACUUUCUACUCCUACUAUGGGAUACCUUUUGCAAAACCUCCUUUAGGAAACUUGAGGUUACAGGAUCCUGAGGCGACGAAGAGUUGGGAGGGCGUGUUGGAUGGGUCGAAGAUGCCAGAGAUUUGUUUGCAGGUGCCCUCCGACGCCGCCCUGGGUGGUAUCAAAGUGCCCCCCGAGGUUAUCGUGGGUGACGAGGACUGUCUCUACCUCAACGUUUUCACGCCCACGGCUGGGGUAGACGGGGGGAGGAGCGACCUGCCGGUGAUGGUGUGGCUGCAUGGUGGUGGUUUCGUCUUCGGCAGCGCCCAGGAGUACCUUCCUCACGUCCUCAUGACCCACGACGUGGUGCUAGUGGUGGUGCAGUACAGGCUGGGCAUUCUGGGUUUCCUGUCGACGGAGGACUCGGCAAUUCCUGGCAACUUCGGGUUGAAGGACCAGACGCUGGCCCUCAAGUGGGUGCAACGGAACAUAAACAACUUUGGUGGAGACAAGACCAAGGUCACCAUCUUCGGCGAGAGCGCUGGUGGAGCCUCUGUGCACUUUCACAUGCUGUCACCCAAGUCUAAAGGUCUUUUCUCUCGCGCCAUCUUGAUGUCCGGGACGGCCCUGUGUCCCUGGGCGGUGAGCCGAGUCCAUGACCAGACGUCCAAAAAGGUGGGCAAGAAGCUACACUGUCCCAUUCACUCCGGCAGCCUUGUCCUCCUCCGGUGUCUUCAAAACCUCGACGCUCGGGAGCUGUCGGCUGUCUCACAAGAUUUGCCGAACUUUCACUUACUGCCCUUGCAUCUGGCGGCUUACAUCGAUGGUGACUACUUGCCAGAUGAACCAAGUCGGCUGGUGAAGGAGGGACGUGCCCACCCAGUUGAUGUGAUGGCUGGAGUCGUUUCCCACGAAGGCAUCUUGUUGGCUAUGCCCGCAUACAACCAAGCUCACCUUCUCGAGGGUCUGGAGACAAACUUUGAGGAGCUUGGACCAUCGAGUCUACAGUUCGCUGACGAGGUGCAUGAGGCUGACCCCGUCACCGUGGCCAACGUCAUCUACAAACAUUACUUCGGAGAUGUUCGUUUUGACGCCCGUAAACAGGAACAAUUUAUUCAGUUGAUGAGUGAUCGACAUUUUAUGGUGAGCCACGACUGGAUGACACAGUACCAGGCCAUGACUCAGGCCUAAGAAGACCACAGGUAUGAGUUGACGUACCAUGCUCAGCUCUCGCUCGGGGACUUAUUCGGCGUCGAUGCUGCCACGAAAUGGGUUAGUCACGGCGACGACCUGUACUACUUGUUCCGGGGCGGCCCCCUCCUGCAGUCAUCCCAGCAGCCCCCUGAGCGACUCCACGACCUACAGAGCAAGGAUGACCUCGCUCUGAGGGACAUCUACACUACAUUGUGGACUAACUUCGCCGCCACAGGGAACCCGACUCCUAAUGAUUCACUUGGGUUCAUCUGGGAGCCUUCCACCGCAGACAACCUCCACUACCUCGACCUCAAGCCCAGGCCCACCAUGGAGGAGGACCAGCGUCAAGAGGUGAGGAGCUUCUACGCCUCGUUGCCCUCCAAGGUGAACGUCGCCCUCCACCCUCACCUCAUGAAGGACCUGCUGGAGGAGGAAGAAGCCGAAACGACAACUGGUUACAGACGAGACACCGUGGAUGAACUGUAGGUGUGUGCGUGUGUGCGCGCGUGUGUGUGUGUCUCUUUACUUUAAACAGCUGGAACUAUACCGUGGAAUGAACCGGCUGUCAAGAAGGAACCACCAGCUUCAGGGUUGGAUACCGAGCCAUAAGGGUGAAACAACAGGUGUUGACAGCCAGUGUAAGAACAGAAGAACAUAAGGGCGGAGGAAACUGCUGCGGGCCUAUUGUUCUAUGUUUGAAGCUGUCCAGCAUAUUCGAGUUAAUGAUGAUAUUUGGUAACUUGUUCCAUUCGUCCACUACUCUAUUUCAAAACCAGUGUUCACCUACAGUAUAUCGCGCCUAAAUCUAAAUUUGUCUUAUUUAAAACCAUUGCUAUGAGUUCGCUCCUGGAUGGAUAGUUUGAGUACCUGUGUUAUAUCACCUUUGUUUAAACCGGACUUCCAUUUGUACACCUUUAUCAUAUGGCCUCUCACUCUACGCCUAUCUCCUUUCUUUAAAAUGGGUUUCACAUUCACUAUCCUUCAGGAUUCUGGUACUACAGCUCUUAACUGGUGACUUUAAACUGGUGAUACAACAGUCGCCUGCACUGACAAAGGAACUGGUGACUGGUUAAUUACAUAGGUUUCCAUGGCUAAUAGACCCCACUCUCAAGAGGUCUAGUUAUACAGGGGUCUAGUAAGACACGGGCCCAUUAGAUCACCUGAACCACUAAAUAUGACGAAGACAUUCUAGAUAAAAUAAUAUUCACUGUGUUUGUUAUUAAUUACUCUGGUGAUUUUAGGUGAUUAUUUUAAGAGAUUUUCACUGGAUUUUAUUUGUUUUCAUAAAGUUUUAUUAUUGACUGGAAAUUAAUACAGUAAUGGGAGGAAGGGUGAGGAGGGGGUUGUGACCUCUCCUCCCUGCCCCCUCAAUAAUAAUACAGUACAAACAAUUUUUUUUUAAAUUGUGAUCGAAAUGCUUUCAAAAUUAAAUCUAUGUUAGCUCGUAAAUUAAACAAAAAUCAAUAAAAAUAUUUAUGUAUUUUCUCUUUAAUAAAUUUAAUAAAACUAUUCAAAAGCUUUA